ACAAAGCCUAUGUAAAACUGUGCCCGUAACACAUCUAUAUUUCAUUUGUUUAUCUGAGAUCAAAUCAAAGGUUCAUAAAAAAAGAAAGUCAGGGUAGGGGCUGGAUGAGAAAAGCACAGACAGAGGCAGAGACCGAGAAAAGUGAAGAACAUAACCUAACCUAACAUUUAUAUAAUCUUUCCUCCAUGCAUUUAUGUUUGUUUUGUUUUCCGUUAGCUCGGGGCAUGCUCGAGGCCCGGUGAAUAACAUUUUACCCAGGUGAAUAUCGUGGCUCGAGGUAAAAAUAAAAAACAAAACAUGUCUCGGUCAAAAAUAGUAAGAUUUAUUGACAUAGGAGCAAAUCUAACAGAUUCCAUGUAUUCUGGAAUAUAUAAUGGAAGCAAAAAACACGAUCCUGAUUUAAUACAGGUGUUAGACAGGAGUUGGAAAGCAGGUUUAAGCAAAAUAAUAAUAACUGGUGGAAAUUUAGAAGAAAGUAAGAAAGCUUUAGAGAUAUCCCAAAGUGAACCGAGAUUAUACAGUACUGUAGGGUGUCAUCCAACAAGAUGUAAUGAAUUUGAAGAACAUGAUGGAGGUGCAGAUUCAUACCUUCAAAAACUGAAAGACAUUAUAAACACAGGAAAUAAUAAAGUUGUAGCUAUAGGCGAAUGUGGCCUUGAUUAUGAUAGAAUACAGUUUUGCUCAAAAGAAAUCCAAUUAAAAUAUUUUGAACUCCAAAUUACUUUAAGUAAAAAUUUUAAUCUUCCACUUUUUUUACACUGUCGAAACGCAGCUGAAGAUUUAUAUAAUAUUUUAGUCAAAUAUCCUGGUUUGAAGGGUGUUGUUCAUAGUUUUGAUAGUUCUGUUGAAGAAGCUAAGAAAUUUUUAGAUUUGGGACUAUAUAUUGGUAUAAAUGGUUGUUCUCUCAAAACUGAAAAUAACUUGCAAACAGCAAAAAGUUUGCCUAUUGAUAAAAUUCUUCUGGAAACUGAUUGUCCUUGGUGUGAAAUAAGACCAUCACAUGCUGGGUAUAAAUACAUUUCCAAAGAAAACCUAUUACCGUCUGUUAAAAAAGAAAAAUGGAAUUCCACCUCUUUGGUUAAAAGUAGAAAUGAACCAUGUAAUAUAAAGCAAGUAUUAGAUAUCUUAGCUUGUGUUAGGAAUGAAGAUAUUGAUGUUUUAAGUGAAAAUAUAUAUGAAAACACUUUGCAACUAUUUUUUUCUAGUAAAACAGAUGUGUUGUAAUUUUUAAAAAUAAAAAUUAUUUUAUACAUAAAAAAUGCUAUUUUUUAUUGAUAAAUGAGCUUUUGAUCUAGAAAACAAUGGAUAAGAG